GACAAUUCCGCGGAAACGGCGUGACUCGUUGAAGCGCAGCUCUGUGCGGAAGCAUCAUGAGAUAUACAUCCCGACGAGCCCGAUGAAGCAAGUGACAAUCGUUAGCCCAUCUCUGGCCAAGUUGAAGCCUCCAAGUCUCAAUUUGACCGAGGCGGGGUUGGCACCUGCGACUCCGGCAUCACCUCCUUCGCCAGCAAGCUCCCGACCACCGACGCCUCGCCCCGCAUCUCCACGCAUGAAGCCUCUGCGUCCUGUCCAACGAGCUCUCCUCGUCGACUUCCUCUACCGGGAGGUGUUUGGGAUCAUGGAUAUCAAGGAGAGCGACGGGCCACACAACCAACAGCGCGUGGUCGACUUUUUCAAAUCGUUUGUCGAAAUGGAAAAGCUGGUCAUCUACGGUCUCGUGCUGUGUGUGGACAGCUUCCUGUAUGUGUUCACGUACUUGCCAUUGCGCAUCAUCCUGGCGCUGGGGUCGGCCGUCGUGUCGGUGUUCUACACGCGCAUCUUUCGCCGCUCCCACGUCCACGACCUGCUCACGGCGGUUAUUGUGAUCCUCAGCACCGGCGUGCUCAUGCAAGUGGACAUGUCUCGCGUGUAUCAUCUCAUUCGAAACCAAGCGCUCAUCAAGUUGUACGUGCUGUUUACCAUGCUCGAGAUUUUCGACAAAUUAUUCAGCUCGCUCGGCCAAGACGUGUUGGACGCCAUGUACUUUACCGUGCGGUACCAACCGCGCCGCGUCGGCCGCAUGAUGUUUGACUUUGCCGUGUGCAGCAUCUAUGUCGUCCUGCACUCCCUCCUUCUAUUUGGCCAAGUGGUGACGAUCAACGUCGCGAUCCACUCGAGCAGUUCGUCCCUUAUGACGCUGCUCAUUUCCAACAACUUUGCCGAGCUCAAGAGCAGCGUGUUCAAGAAAUUCGAAGAGCAAAACCUGUUUCAGGUCGCUUGCAGUGAUAUUGUCGAACGAUUCAAGCUCAUGGUGAUAAUUGGGUUGAUUCUGGUUCAAGUGGACGGCAAAGACGUGGCCGACGGCACGUUUGUGGUGCUGGCGGCGGAAAUGCUCAUCGAUUGGAUCAAGCACGCGUUUAUCAGCAAAUUCAAUCAAAUUCCGCCGUCCGUGUACUCCAAGUUCCUCACCGUCUUGUGUCGGGACGUGUCUGGGUAUCGCAGCGACACGACUUUUUUGGACCAUUCGCAAUUUGUAUCGAGACGUUUGGGGCUGAUUUCGCUUCCGCUGGCGUGCGUCGUUCUGCGCAUGCUGUUCAAAGCACUUCGAGACUUUGACCUGUGGAGCCAGUUGUACACUCCGUCGGGCAUGUCCAUCGCGCUCUUGGGCUUUGCCAACCUGUCUGCGUUCAAGGUCAUUCUCGCAUAUAUUCCCUCUCCAAACAGAUAUAUAUAUAUCCCGUACUGUUUGCCGUAUUUCUAUAAGUGUGUUUAUUGUAUAUAUAUAUAUAUAUAGGUGCUGCUGAGUCUAUGGCUGAUGGUGCACUCGACUACGUCCGGGAGGUUGUCGCCUCAAUGGAAAGCGUCCAGUCCUGCGAAAAAGGAAGGGCCCAAGGACGAAGGGUACACACUCUGGAAAGGACGCCUGCAAUGAACGGAUAUAAAAGGGGACAUAGCUCGACCAACACUCUCACGUGUGGUCUAAAAAUGAAUGUACUGGUGGUUUAACGUUGUCUAUACUGAGCUGCACAGAUUAAAAUAUCUGCCCCACUUGGCCCAUGUGCUGCGCAUGAGCCGACGGCAACUCGACGGCUUGGAGGUCG